UUCUCCGGGGACGGCUACACGUGCCAGCCCAGCGUCAGCUGCUACGACGACCCCCGCCAGUGCGACCUGAACGCCGCCUGCGUGCCUGACCUUGACGGCUUCCGCUGCGUCUGCCUCAAGGACUUUGUUGGAGACGGUCGCCGCUGCACGCCGGCGCCGCGUCACGAAGGCGGCUUCCUGCUGCUGAACCAGGGCACGGCCGUGGUCAAGGUGCCGUACGAAGCCCGGAAGCGAGGACGGCCGGUCAUCCUGGACCCCACGCAGACGGCUGUUGGCAUCGACACGGACUGUCUGGAAGGCCGCUUCUUCUGGACCGACGUGGCUGGCAGGAAGAUCCGCUCCGCCGCCUACAACGGCUCGCAGCGCGUCGAGUUCGCCAGGGGAGGUAUCAGCUCGCCAGAGGGAGUGUCUGUGGACUUCAUCUCGCGGAACGUCUACUGGACCGACUCCUCGCGGGACGCGAUCGAGGCGGCCAGCCUCAGCACCGGCAACCGCUACACCAUCAUCAGCAGCGGCCUCUACAACGUGCGCGGCGUGGCCGUCCACCCAGGCAGGGGCACCAUCUACUGGGCAGACUGGAACAGACGCGAGCCGCGGAUCGAGCGAGCGGCGCUGGACGGCUCGAACCGCCAGGUGCUGCUCGACUCUGGCCUCGGCCUGCCCAACUCGCUGGCCAUCGACUUCGCCACGGACGAGCUGUGCUGGACCGACGCCGGCACCAAGAGCGUCGAAUGUUUCUCCCUGUUGAGGCGCACCCGUCGUGCGGUGGCCAAGGACGCCAGCUACCCGUUCGGCAUCGCCAUCACCGACGACAACAUCUACUGGACCGACUGGAACGAUAAGAAGAUCCACAUGGUGAACAAGGCAACCGGUGAGAAGGGCAAGUCGCUACGCUCCGUUCUGGGCACCUCUGGCAAGCUGUACGGCUUGGUGGCGACGCCGCGCACAUGUCCCCAAGUGACGAACGUGUGUGGCCGACAAAACGGCGGCUGCGGCGCCGAACAGCUGUGCCUGCCGACGGACAACGGCAGCAGAUCGUGCGUCUGUCCGGACCGGUACGUGUCGGAGCCGGACGGUCCCUCCAUCUGCCAGCGGAACGGAAACCGACGCUGAGCCAAUCACCUGGCGGCCGAGCCGCCCUGUCAUCUGCCGGCCACCGGGGAAAACAGCCCCUUCCAGGCGCACGUUGCUCGGAGGGGCUGGUUUCUGCGCGGGAGAAUUGAAGCGAUGCUGGUGUUGUAGCGGUGACUGGUGAGGUGUUUCCUGAGUGUUUUUAAGCGGUGCUCGAAGGUGCGCGUGACUCGACGAGAUGGGAUUUGACUGGUGUGCUGUAGUCCUGCGCGAGGUCCCGGCUUGCGUACGUACUUGGCAAGUCCGCUGGCUGGCCGGACCUGCUGCCCCCUACCGAGGCAAUGGGCGCAUCCUAGUGACGGGUGCAGCGGCCAUGGAGCGUUCAUUUGUUUUGCGAGCCAUUCACAUCGUUCGUAAGUUUAAGAAGCCAAACAAAUGCGUGUUCUUGGUCCUUGUGAACGUCUCGCAUGUACGCAUUUGUCUGAUAUUUCACUGCCAAAGCGCUGUAGUUGUUUAUGCACAAAUAAUCUGCUGUCCAUUUCUUGUAAUGUUCUCUUUGAUACGGACCGAUCUAUUCCCUGAGUCCUAUCUAAAUGUACUAAUCCGAAGACUGUUCUUAAUUAUUCGUGGAGAUAGUCUACGGAGUGGCGCUUCCGAUAACCCACGUGCUUUUGUAGCCCCUUUUCUAUUGCUGUAACCUGUUUUCUCCCUUGUAUGAAAGCUGCUGACUGGAAUGCGCUCCCUUUUGACGGUGCCAGCCUCGAUCAUUUGACUGCGCCAGCGAGUUCAAAAGCUUGUGUAACGUUACCCUCCUGUCAGGAGCUGCAGUUGGACCCUCGUGAUUGCCUGCUGUGGACCGGCCCAGGGCGCAAUGCAAUAAACGAGAGAA